UGCCCGGGCGCCUGUGCCGCCGUGGGAAGGGGCGGGCGCUCGGGGCCGCCGCCGCUGCUUCCCCUCCGCCUCGGGGUGCCGCCCCGGCCGGCCCCGCUUCCGAGCCCCGCGCCAGGGGCGGGGCGGGUCGGGAAGCCGUGCCCGGAGGUGGAGGGCCGAACGCUGAGGCUGUGUCUCGCUCCCCUGGGCUCCCCGAAUGUGAGCAUUAUGGUGAAGAGAAGAUACAGCCAUCAACAUUAUAACACUGUCAUAGAAUUCCUCUAAAGACUAGGAAAUAUUGCUGGUGUUGUGCAUUCUGGAAAUACGUUUUACUACAAAUACCACCAAGGCUUUGCAAACAGAAUGAACAUGCUGCUGUUGACUGCUCACCCACAGUAACCAGCUGGGCAUUUCACUCAUGAUGUUUUCAUUCUCACCUUGUCCAAUUGGGAUUUGCUUAUACUGAUUUUUAAAAAGAGGAAUAAAUCAAAGUGGAGUACCGUAAAUUUGACAUGGAAAAUAAAAAGAAGGACAAAGACAAACCAGAUGAAAGAAUGGCACGGCCUAGUGGGAGAUCAGGCCAUAAUCCACGUGGAAGUGGUUCUUCAAAUUCCGGAGUGUUAAUGGUUGGCCCUAACUUCAGAGUUGGUAAAAAAAUUGGAUGUGGUAAUUUUGGAGAACUGCGGUUAGGAAAAAAUUUGUACACAAAUGACUAUGUGGCAAUUAAGCUGGAGCCAAUGAAGUCGAGAGCACCACAGCUACAUUUGGAAUACAGAUUCUACAAGCAGCUAGGAUCUGGAGAUGGAAUACCUCAGGUUUAUUAUUUUGGCCCAUGUGGCAAAUAUAAUGCUAUGGUGCUAGAACUACUUGGACCUAGUCUGGAAGAUUUAUUUGACUUGUGUGGUAGGACAUUUUCUCUUAAAACCGUUCUUAUGAUAGCCAUACAGUUGAUUUCUCGUAUGGAGUAUGUCCAUUCAAAGAACUUGAUAUACAGAGAUGUAAAACCUGAGAACUUCUUAAUAGGACGACCUGGAAACAAAACCCAGCAAGUUAUUCACAUUAUAGACUUUGGUUUAGCUAAGGAGUACGUAGAUCCAGAAACAAAGAAGCACAUACCAUAUCGAGAACACAAGAGCCUUACAGGAACAGCUAGAUACAUGAGUAUAAAUACACAUUUAGGAAAAGAGCAAAGUAGAAGAGAUGAUUUGGAAGCAUUGGGUCAUAUGUUUAUGUAUUUUCUCAGAGGAAGUCUUCCCUGGCAAGGUUUAAAGGCAGAUACAUUAAAGGAACGUUACCAGAAAAUUGGAGACACUAAACGAGCAACUCCUAUAGAAGUAUUGUGUGAAAACUUCCCAGAGGAAAUGGCUACUUACCUACGUUAUGUAAGAAGGUUAGAUUUUUUUGAAAAGCCAGACUAUGACUACUUAAGAAAGCUCUUCACAGACUUACUUGAUCGGAAAGGUUAUAUGUUUGAUUAUGAAUACGACUGGAUUGGCAAACAGUUGCCUACUCCAGUGGGUUCAAUGCAUUCAGACCCUGCAAUGUCUUCAAACAGAGAAGCAUAUCAGCACAGAGACAGAAUGCAACAAUCCAAAAACCAGUCAACAGACCAUAGGGCAGCUUGGGACUCGCAGCAAACCAAUCCACAUCAUUUGAGGGCUCACCUGGCAUCUGACAGACAUGGUGGCUCUGUACAGGUAGUAAGCUCAACAAAUGGAGAGCUGAACACGGAUGACCCAACUGCAGGCCGUUCAAAUGCACCCAUCACAGCUCCUGCAGAAGUAGAAGUAAUGGAUGAAACAAACUGCCAGAAAGUGUUGAACAUGUGUUAUGUAACUCUCAGAGCAGUUCUGGUCUGCCUCUGCCCACUGCUACUUUUUCAGUGACUGAGCGACAGGGUGCCUUGGAUAUUUUGAGAAGGUGCUGCUGCUUAUUCAAGCGGAGGAAAAGGAAAACCAUCCAGCGCAACAAAUGACUAGAACCAAACAGAACACGGAAAAAUGCUUAUUUGUUCAACUGUUGUCUUGUGAUCUUAAAAAAACAACAACAAAACCCAAAGCAAAAACCUCCAUAAUAAACACAUUUUCCGAGGACUCUCUGAGAAACAAUAUCAUGCCUCUGUGCUUUGAUUUGGUUCUUCUGCAUCCAUCUUCUGUUUCUUUAAUUCAUCUCUUCUGAAAGCUUUAAGAUAUUGUCAGAUAGGAGUGCUUCUUUGACCAUCAACAUACGGACCAAUGAAAUGAUAGAAAAUGAACAGUAUCUUGAGCAAAACUGAACUUGAGAAGUAUUUCUUCUUUCCUAGGAAGUAGCAGCAGUGUCUUAGAUGAAGACGGAUGUCCUAAACAGUUAUUUGAGUUUGUAGCAGUGUAUCUAAAGCAGUUUUCUUCAAAAAUUAAGAAGAAAAAUACAGAUACACAACAAUAAUGCAAAAUAAUAAAAUCUUAAGAUUUAUUUUAUGACA